ACCAUUGGGCUGAAAAGGCCCAAAAAAUUGGAUUUUUGAACGGGCCCAGGUUUGGGACUGAAGUAUUAAGCCAUAACUGUAGUUGCCAUUUGGCUCUGGUUUUUGCUUAGCCGGUGACAAUGGCGACCCAAUCAUCAGGAGGAGCUCGGAAUCAAAAGGGGAUGAGCGGUGGAGAAGGGACGGCAAAAGCGACGGUGAAUGAUCAGAUUUCUCAGGCCGUACAAUCAACCGCCAAUCUCAUCCACCUCAUGCAACAGUCCUCACCUUCGCAGGCUCAAUUAAAGAAGCUCCCGAAAAAUCUUUUGGCCAAAACCCUGACAAUCCAGAAUACUGGGCAGGUGUUAGAGCAAAUGCCUAGGGUGAUUUCAUCCCUUGAUGCCCAUAUGGAGAUUGGACUGCAGAGUGUUCCUCAUCUUAACACCAUAACCCAGUUGCUUGCAAAUAUGGAAAGCUGGCAGGUUAGUCCUCUCUCUCAAGCUCAUCCCAUUCCAGAGGAAAAGGUAUGAUCUCCUUCUCUCUCAAUUACACGUGCACCCAUCUGCACUGACUGUGGACACACACACACACACACAUGUUCAUUCAAAAUGUGCUUAUUGUGAAUCACAAAAAGAUGUUCCACGUCAAUUAACACCAUUUCCACCAGCUGUUACCGACUUGAUGAUUGCUUGGAAAACUAGUGCUGUCACUGAAAUUUCUUUUACUCGUUUUCAUUUCAUCCAGGAAUCUUAUCAAGCAAAUCAACAUUCAGCCAUUGGUUGACUUGACUUGACUGGCCUAACUUUGAAUCCAAUUCGGCUGGCAUCUUGGAUAGCAUGUCCAACACGGUAAACAUUAUGAUCACGGAUUGAAAAAUAUUGGCUCCUAGAAUGUUUUAUGGGACAUUAUAAAAUAUGAUCAUUGGAUAUAUUAAGCAAUCUGUCCACUGAAUUCAAACCCCCGUUGUCAUAUGACACUUUCGGUGUAGAUUGAAUGUAUUUAGGGAACAUAUGCUGUCCUUUUUCCAUGGAAUACCAUUUUUUCCAUGGAACACGUUUUUUCCUUGGAAGAGCUGCAUGGUCGGUACGUUUAGGAGGAAAGACAUCGUCUCGUCAAAGUUGUUUAUUCCCAUACGUUUUCAAAGAAAAAGACAUGAAUAUGGAUCAAUUCCUCAACAUGGUACAUAUUUUUUUAUUUUUUCUCCCAUUCACAUUCUAUCUUGGCUGGAUAUAAUUAUAGGGUCGGUUUUCAGUUUUUUUCUUCUUCAUUUUUUUUUUCUUUUUGUACAUCUAGUGAAUGAUUCUACAACUAAGAGUAAGAUAGUAUCCCUUACAAGACAUGAUUAAGAGUUUGAGUCUCUAGAUUAAAGGUCUCAAAUUUGAAUUUUAGAACAAGGGAAGAGGGGUUUGUAAAGGAGAGGAUAUCCACUCAUCAUCUAAUGUAUAAAAACAAAAUACAAUUAAGAUAGCAUU